GCAGCAUGCAGGUGACUCUUCCCCGCCACGGCAGGCUGGGCCUGGCUCUCUUCCUCCUCCUGGUUUGGGGGGCUUCCAUUCAAGGUUCUCCCCUUCGGAAAGCCAGGCUCCAAUGGGUCCGCUGCAACCCCGACAGCAAUUCUGCAAACUGCAUCGAUGAAAAGGGACCCACGUUUGAGCUGCCACCAGACGAAUUCAACCGGAUCUUUCCCCAGAGUCCUGGCACAUCCUCGUCGUCAAGGCUGAGACUCCAGAACCUCAACGACAUCUUUCCCAUAUCCGAGGACUAUUCUGGCUCCGGCUCGGGCUCCGGCUCGGGCUCGGGGUCCGACUACGGUGCCUUCGACAAUGUUCUCCAGAACGACAUCGAGGACGAAUUCCGCCUGGUAGAUGACACAGCGGCUUUCGAUUCCAACUUCAGGUUGAAGCGAAACUCGCCCUCUGGGGAAGUGGAUUUGGAGCUAGAUGCACAAGAGGAGGAUUUUGUGAUCUAAAGUCAAAAAAGUCCAAGCAAAGCAAAGAGGACUCCU